AUGCCCUUGUCCACGCCGCCCUUUCGUGCUCCCCGGCCGCGUUGUUGGAUUCGCUGCGGGACUACAUCGUCCGGCGGCGUCGCUACGGCCUGGCGGCCUUUUUCCUGCCCCCGCUGCGGGCGCUGGGGCUGGACUACGCCGCCGGGCGGGCGUCCGAGGGGGCGGUGUGCGGGAUGGCCUUCCCCGCGAGCGCCGCCGUCGCGUCGCGGGUGGAGCGCCCUCGCGGGUACUACGCGCGGGGGGCCGCGUCCGACGAGGCCUCGGAGGCCCAAGACUUCCUCGACGGACUUCUGUUUUCGCCAACGCCGGCGGCGGCCCCGGGGGGAUCCCCCGGCGAGGGCCCGGGCUCCGAGGCUUUUCGCGCGAUCGUCGUCGAGGCGGGCCGGGUGGUGUGCGAGCGGCGGCUCGCGGAGGCCGCGAGUGCCGGCCCCGCCGCCGAGGCCGCGGUGA